UCUACACACAUUCCUGUGGGCGUAUGUCCCCAGAUACGACAUUUAGUUACCUUAUUUACCCAUCAGAAAGAUUUAUUUCAGUUGAUUUAGAUUUUGGUAAAAACUGGAAUUUUCGGUCUGAAAAUAACAAACUUAUGGAGUUUAAAUCCUGGUGCAAACUGAAAAUCUUUAGUCAGAGAGUAACACGAUUGAUCAACAUGACAGGACAAGAAGGAAGUUAAUUAGUGUGGCUGUGAAUUCUGAAGGUAGAGAAAUAUGGACAGUGUUAAUCAGUGUGCCUGUGAAUUCUGAAGUAGAGAAACAUGAACUUUGUAAGUUAACGUUCUGACACUGAGGGUAGACCACUUGGAUCAUCACAAUUACUCUGUAACAUCAGUGACCACGAGGUAGUUAUUCUCUUGUGUUUUAUUACUAUUUUAUAUAAACAUAUACAACUAGACUGGCUUGAUAAUAGUAGAGUGUUGCUAUAACAUUUUCAGAAUGGCAACAGCUAAAAUACCUAUCCGUACAAAAGGUCAGACAACCUGUGUUCAUCACAAGGGGAAAGAACUGGAAUUCUAUUGUGAAAAAUGUCAAGAAUUGGUUUGUCCAAAAUGCCUUUCCUCUAUUCACAAAAGCCAUCCCCUUUGUCAGCUCAGUGAAAUCACUCCUCAGAAGAAACAAGAUAUUAAAAACUUUAUUGACAGAACAGAACAAAAUGACCAGGUACAAAUUGGUAAAUACAUCACCUCUACUGAUACACUCCUUAGAGACAAUGACAGUACAUUUGAGAAACUGUCACAUCAGUUGAGGAUGCAAACAAACAAACUAAAACAAGACCUUGACAUGCUCACAGCAGAGACACUCUCUCUUUAUCAGAAAAUGAAAGAGGACAAUUCAAAGCUGAUACAGAAAUACAAACAGGACCUGGAGAUGUACGACAAACAACUCAAACAACAAAUACAGGAAUGUAAGACAGCACUUCAGCAGGGUUCUGACUUAAACAUUUAUGAUACAAGAUGUGAAAUAGAUUCCCAAAUACAUUUCCCUGUAAAACCUGUCCUGGGUAAUGUCAGCUUCACUCCAAACAAAAGUCCUCAAGGUCACCUAAAGCUUGCUUUAGGGAAAGUUAUCAUCUCAGGUCAAGGUCAAACAUCAACUGACCAGGAUCGGUCAGUCUCAACAUCAGAUGGUCAGGGACAGUCCUCUACACAACAACAAUCAGGAGAUAAAGGGAAGAAAGCAGUGACAAGGUAUAAACUACUGUCAGAGACCAAGGUGGUGGAGGAGUGGGAGUCUCCAUGUAUCAUUAGAUCUAUAUGUCCCACCACUGAUGACCAUGCCUGGACCAGUGACAACAGUAAGAACAUUAACUCUCCUGGACAGGAAGGGUACAGUAAUACAGAAGGUCACACAAAAGGCUGUGAUCAAUGACAUCAGUCUGUCACCAACAACACGAAGACUGUGGGUCUGUGACAGAGAAAACAACAUCCUGGAGCUGGUAUCAGGACAACUAACACACAGAUUCAGAACCAAGGAGGAACCCAGGUGUUUAUGUGUUACAGCCAGUAACCAUGUCAUUGUAGGCAUGGUCAAACACAUCUCUAAAUUUACCACACAAGGUCAGAUGGUGCUCACUACAAUGGCUGUAGGGACUGAGAAACCAUUAGUGUGUACACCAGGGAGGAUCACAGAGUGUCCUGUCACUCACAAUGUCGCAGUGAUUGAUUUCAGUGAUAAAAGACAUGGUGGUGAUGGAAACCAACAUGUUGUUGUUAUGGAUACUAACUUACAGGAACUGUUUGUAUACAGAGGUGACAUCCCCAGUACAUAUAAAACAUCACAAACAGGAGGUAAAACAUUUAACCCCCAGAGUGUGGUGUAUGAUAGUGUGGGGAACCUCAUCAUAAGGGACUAUAACAACGACAGGGUCCUACUCCUCAGUGGAGGUGGUGAGUUCCUCAGGAUCAUACACAGAGAGAGAGACUGGACAUGGGCUGUAGGUGUAGACAGGAAGGAUGUCCUGUGGGCAGUGUUUGGGUAUAACAUUGUGAAACUACUACAGUACAGCAGUAUGUGAUAGCUAUAAACUACUACAGUACAGCAGUAUGUGAUAGCUAUAAACUACUACAGUACAGCAGUA